CCCUGGAGCCGCCGCCGCCGCCGCCACCGCCGCCGCGCACACGGAGACAUGUACCCGGGAGCCCCCUCCGCCGGACCCGUGCUCACACCUCCUCCCCCAUUGCCACCACCAAUACAGGGAUAUGCCUUUAAACCUCCUCCUCGACCAGAUUUUGGCACUUCUGGGAGAACAAUCAAACUGCAGGCCAACUUCUUUGAAAUGGACAUUCCUAAAAUAGAUAUCUACCAUUAUGAAUUGGAUAUAAAGCCAGAAAAAUGUCCUAGAAGAGUUAACAGAGAAAUAGUGGAGCAUAUGGUUCAGCACUUUAAAACCCAGAUUUUUGGGGAUCGCAAACCAGUGUUUGAUGGAAGAAAAAACCUUUAUACAGCAAUGCCACUUCCCAUUGGGAGAGAUAAACAGGUGGAGCUGGAGGUCACUCUGCCAGGAGAAGGAAAGGACAGGAUAUUUAAGGUGGCCAUCAAGUGGAUGUCCUGUGUGAGCCUGCAGGCUUUGCACGAUGCUCUCUCGGGCCGGCUGCCGAGCGUCCCCUUCGAGACCAUCCAGGCCCUGGAUGUGGUCAUGAGGCAUUUGCCUUCCAUGAGGUAUACUCCUGUGGGGAGAUCUUUCUUUACAGCAUCAGAAGGGUGCUCAAAUCCUUUGGGUGGUGGCAGAGAAGUUUGGUUUGGCUUCCAUCAGUCAGUCAGACCUUCAUUAUGGAAAAUGAUGCUAAAUAUUGAUGUGUCUGCAACAGCAUUUUACAAAGCACAGCCAGUUAUUGAGUUUGUCUGUGAAGUUCUGGACUUCAAAAGUAUUGAAGAACAACAAAAACCUCUGACAGAUUCCCAAAGGGUAAAGUUUACCAAAGAAAUAAAAGGUCUGAAGGUGGAGAUAACACACUGUGGACAAAUGAAAAGGAAGUACAGAGUGUGCAAUGUCACCAGACGACCAGCAAGUCACCAAACAUUCCCACUUCAGCAGGAGAAUGGACAAACAGUUGAAUGCACUGUAGCUCAGUAUUUUAAGGACAGGCAUAAAUUAGUCUUACGCUACCCUCACCUUCCAUGUUUACAAGUUGGACAGGAGCAGAAACACACAUACCUUCCUCUGGAGGUGUGCAACAUAGUGGCAGGACAAAGAUGCAUCAAGAAACUCACUGACAAUCAAACUUCCACUAUGAUCCGAGCCACUGCCAGAUCAGCCCCAGACAGGCAGGAAGAGAUCAGCAAAUUGAUGCGGAGCGCCAGUUUCAACACGGACCCUUACGUGCGGGAGUUUGGGAUCAUGGUCAAGGAUGAAAUGACAGAUGUGACUGGCAGGGUCCUUCAGCCUCCCUCCAUCCUCUAUGGAGGCAGGAAUAAAGCAAUUGCUACACCAGUGCAAGGUGUCUGGGACAUGAGGAAUAAACAAUUUCACACUGGAAUUGAAAUCAAGGUUUGGGCAAUUGCCUGCUUUGCUCCCCAGCGCCAGUGCACUGAAGUUCAUCUUAAGUCCUUCACAGAGCAGCUGAGGAAGAUUUCCAGGGAUGCUGGGAUGCCAAUCCAGGGGCAGCCCUGCUUCUGUAAAUACGCGCAGGGAGCCGACAGCGUGGAGCCCAUGUUCAGGCACCUCAAGAACACUUACACUGGGCUGCAGCUGGUCGUGGUCAUUCUGCCAGGAAAAACACCAGUCUAUGCGGAGGUGAAGCGCGUCGGGGACACGGUGCUGGGAAUGGCCACUCAGUGUGUGCAGAUGAAAAACGUCCAAAGAACAACACCACAAACUCUGUCCAACCUCUGCUUAAAAAUAAAUGUCAAAUUAGGAGGUGUGAAUAACAUUCUACUGCCACAGGGAAGACCCCCAGUAUUCCAACAGCCUGUCAUAUUCCUUGGUGCAGAUGUAACUCACCCUCCAGCUGGGGAUGGGAAGAAGCCUUCCAUUGCUGCAGUUGUGGGAAGCAUGGAUGCUCAUCCCAACCGUUACUGUGCCACGGUGCGGGUGCAGCAGCACCGGCAGGAAAUCAUCCAGGACCUGGCUGCCAUGGUCAGGGAGCUGCUGAUCCAGUUCUACAAAUCCACCAGGUUCAAACCAACUCGAAUCAUCUUCUACAGGGAUGGUGUUUCUGAGGGGCAGUUCCAACAGGUUCUCCACCACGAGCUGCUGGCUAUCAGGGAGGCUUGCAUUAAACUGGAGAAGGAUUAUCAGCCUGGCAUCACAUUCAUAGUGGUGCAGAAAAGGCACCACACCAGACUCUUCUGCACGGAUAAAAACGAGCGGGUUGGCAAAAGUGGAAACAUUCCAGCUGGUACCACAGUGGACACAAAAAUCACCCACCCCUCAGAGUUUGACUUCUACCUGUGUAGUCAUGCUGGGAUUCAGGGAACAAGCAGACCCUCUCACUACCACGUGCUGUGGGAUGACAAUCGCUUCUCGUCGGACGAGCUGCAGAUCCUCACCUACCAGCUGUGCCACACCUACGUGCGCUGCACGCGCUCCGUCUCCAUCCCUGCCCCCGCCUACUACGCUCACCUGGUGGCCUUCAGAGCCAGGUACCAUCUGGUGGAUAAGGAGCACGAUAGUGCUGAAGGAAGCCACACUUCUGGCCAGAGCAAUGGCAGAGACCACCAAGCACUUGCCAAGGCAGUCCAGGUGCACCAGGACACGCUGCGCACGAUGUACUUUGCUUGACACCUUCUCGUGUUGCACGGCUCCAGACAAGGCAGAGUUGGAUUCACACCAGACCAGCUGCACUUAGACCAACAGAUGCCCCAGCCCAGGGACAGCCAGCAAUGAGUGAUGCAUCUUUAUUCCUUCCUUUCUUUCCCAUUUGCAAGGAAGCCUUCCGUCCAGAAUUUCAGACUUGAUCACAAACUGCGUUCUUGUACCAAACCCCGCUGUUGUCGGAAAUGUGGUUUGCCAAAUAUCUCUGAGCUGCUUGGUAUAAAACAGACCCAGAUUUUAUAAUUAAAUCAAGAGCUGCAAUCUCAGGGCGUAGGGAAGAUAAACAAAAAAACCAAACCAACAACUCAACCCACAAAACUCCUCAUUCAGUUUGCUGUUCAUUGAGUUGCUUUUGAUAAUUUGGAAAUACCUAAUUCAUACUAAGGUUUGAUGAGCUAAAACGCUGUGAAUCAGCUUUUAGUACAAAGGAAAGCAAAGCAUUUUUUGAGUAUUUAUGAAGCCUUGAUUAUUCUAGAUGCAUUUAAAAAAUUUUUAUUUUCCAAAUAAGAGCGUGACAAAAUUCUGGUUUCUAAUUGUCUUACGAAGAUUAUUCUCAGAUUAUUCUCUGUGUGUCUAAGGACAAAUGUAUUUUCUGAAGCUUGUUCUUGAAUGUUUUUUAUUGUGCUGCAUUUUAAAAUGUUUUUCAUAGACUAAAGAUGAACUUAAAAAAAAAAGAAAAUAGUAAACCUGUACCUAAGCUUUUAAUAGCUCCAGUUAGAUUGGCAGAAGAAAAUGUGCCAUUUAAAAAAAUUUCUAAAGAUUUUUUUAAAAUCAUACUGACAGCUAACUUUAGGAUUUGUCAUACAGGACUGUGACACUUACUUUCCAAAGUCUCUAAAGAAUACGGGUCUGUGGUGAUAAAUACAGUACAAUCCUUUUUCACUGUUGUUUGAGUUAAUGUAAAUUUUAUAUAUGUUUCACAGUAUUAAUGUGAUAGACUAGAUGCUAUUAUUUAUUUUUAUUUACUAAGGAGUGCUCAUUAUACUUCUGUUAACAUAUCAAGAAUGCUUUGAACUUAGAAAGUAAGAUCCUUUUUGUGGGGACAUUACUCUUCAAAUGCAAAAAAAAAAAAAUAUGCAAUUGAUGUGGUGAGAGGAGAGAGAUGCAGCCAGUGUCUGUUGUAGCUUGGGAUUUGCAGAAAGGCUUUUUCAACACAGCAGGAUUUACCUCUGCGGUUCAGACGCACACAAGACCAACAUCCUACAUCCAUUCAAGCACAAAACAAUUUGUAUUUUAUUUAUAUGUUGAGUAGUGGUGAAGCAGGAGCUCUGCUAGAGGAGAGUGGCUCGCUGGAAGUUAGGCACAAGUCAGAGAAUCUAUGCAGUAAAGAUAAAAAUGAGGAAACUGAAGUUUACUUAGGGAGGGAGGUGAAGCUCUCUUCAUUAUGCAUAAGAUCUGUAGGAAAGGUGAGAGUUUUGCCAUUCUCUUAGGAGAAGCAUUAAUUAAAACUGAUAAUUAUGAGACAGGUGCUUCUGUUAGUUUGCACACUGGAUUCAUAAAAACCAUAACACACAUGUAAACCAUUGCACUAAUGACAAUGCCACGAGCAGGUUUAGGAGAAAAUGGAGAAAGCCCAGGAAAGUUGUUUAUGCUGACUUGAUCUUGUUUGUUUUUCCAUGGGAUAAGUGAAAUAACAUGCUGAGAUGCAGGUUGGAAAACCUUCAUUCUCCUCCACUGAUGGAUUUUGGUUUGUCUUUUCCCUUUUCUCUGGGCUGCUCAGUCUCUGUUUGGACACUUUUACCUCUGGCCACUGGGAUGGGCAAGUAGCUUUAAGCCAUGCAGAGCUCUGGGCCACAGAGCAGCUCAGCUGCCACCAGGUGGUGUUGGAUAAGCUAGAAAAUGCCCAGUCUUUGCUGCAUCAAGACUUUUUUAGGUACAUAAUUCCAGUUCAGAUCUUCACCUUGUAGCAGUGUGUCAGUUGUCAAUGUUUUGUAGGUGACAUGUAAAACCUGUUAAUGGAAUAAUCAUAUUUGUACUAUUCUAAUUGGGUGAUUAGGCUGCUGGCUCAGAGUGUCUUCUUGGUCAUAGUUCUUUAAAUUCAGAUUUGUGUAAAUUUGAAGCAAAUCCUAGGUAGCAUUGUCUGUCUUGCUGUGUGCCAGCGAGGUUGUACCUACCUCCCCUCACGCUGCAGAUCCUCCCCAUGGUGGGUGUGUUGCACUUCUCUGUGUUUCCUUCAGAGCUUUCCUAUUUCAGUGAAGAUAUUCAUUUGGCAGAGUUUUAUAUAAGAAUUAUUUUUGUAUGAAUUCUUCUUAUCAAAUAGGAUAAAGAUCAUCCAUUUUAAGGCAUCAUUUAACUUAUUUGCUGUCUGUUAUGCAGAGACCUCUUGGAUGUGAAAUUAAUCCCCCUCUUUCCAUGCAGAUCUGGGACAGUGGAAUUGCAUUGGUGGGGUGGGGAGGGCAGGAUCUGUCUUGACCUCAGAUCUCAUUUCUGAAGCAGCCUGGGACUGCACUGCAUCCUAUUUAAGGUGUUUCCUUUGUGAGAAAAGGAGUUUCAGGCAGGACCUUAAUCUGAGAGUAGCUGUUUGUGGAUCCUCUUGGAACAAGCAGAAAUUAUGUAGCUUUCCUUCCCUAAGUAUGAAGAACUUGGGAUGUUUAUGUGCAUUUCAGGACAUUUUUACCUUUUACAGACCUUUCUAAGCCUCUAAUACUGCUAAUUAUUUAUGCCUUGUGAUUCACAGAAAGACUCCACAACUGCUAAAGUUGUACAGUAGAUCUGUAUUUAUUGGGUGAUGGGCAAAUUAAUUUCUAACCCUCAUGUCUCACUUGUGUCUCCUUCCUUUUCCCUCCCACCAGUGGUGAAUUAGUGAAUAAUUUAAAGCAUUUUAAAAAAAUACUGAUUAGGUAUAUACCUUGUGAAGUACAGCAUGCUGGCAGUGCAGCACCUCUCUUUCUGGGAAUAUUUCUAACAUAAAUUACACAUUCGAGAAUGUCUCCUGUCCAAAAAAACCUGCUACAAGCACAUAAAAUCCUAGAAUUAUUUUUAUUCUGUACCUCCCACAUGUCUGGUAUAGAACAGCAACAUCUCAGGUCAGCACAAAGCCCAAGAAGUCUCAGUCUGCCCCAGGCUGUGGUGGAGCAGUGCCAGCUGAGGUCACAGCUCUGGGUCAGCUCAGCAAUAACCAAAUUUGUGCCACCCUUGGGCACUUGGGGCAUUUUCCAGCCCGUGCAGAGGAGUCCCAUUGCACAGCCCCCCAAACAGCAUCAGCAAAUCUUAAAUGCUCCUCUUGGGAGGUGACAAGUACUGUCAAAAUACACAAAAUACUUUAAAGUUUGUCUUUUUCCCCCGAUGUGCAAAAUUUAACGCAAUAAUGAGGUUUCCUUGGUGGUGGAGAUUUCUGCUGCAGUGGCUGAAGAGUCACCAGUCCACUCCAUCUGUUCCAGCCCCCAGGAAACAACUGAGCUGAUCCUGGGCAGCAAAUGUCCUGUGGGAAUUGCUGGAGGGAGGUGGAUUUGUCUCUGCUUUAUUUGGCAUUUUAGACAGCCCUAUGCAAUUUAACACAUGUUGUGUAUGCACUGAUGUACAGAGUGAGGUCACUUGUUUUAUUAGAGCUCCUUUUUUUGGCUUGGCUUGCUUUAGAAUAUUUGACUUUGUGAAUUACAAUCAAUGAUCUUCCAUGUUCCACAGGAAUUCCCUUGUUUCUUGAUCUGUCAGGUAACAAAUCCCUUUGAUCUCCAUCCAGGCCCCCAGGCAGGGUUCCCUGAUUGGCAAAGCAAAAAGGUUGUGAAGGUUUGGCUUUAAUUCUGCCUCUCUCAAUAACUCCUGCAGCCUUUGUUGUAACAGAGUCUUGUUCUUGUUGGAUCAUUUUUAUAACAUAGGACAAAAGGUUUUUCCACAAGGAUGAUCAAAUUAAAACUUCUGGAGAGGAGGUGUGAGGAGUUUAAGUUUUUUUUCCUGACUAAAGGCUUUUGAUUCAAUAGCAGACUCAGUCAAAUAAGCACCUCUGGUGGCAUAAAUAACCCAUAAGGGACUUUUUUUUUUUUUUAAUAUAUCUUUUACUCAUUAGCUAAAAGAAUGUAAGAAGGGUUCUCAGUAUUUUUCACACUUGAGACCAGUGUCAUUAAACUCACUUGUUUUUCUGGUUUUUUUAUACUCUUCUCCUACCAUAGUAUCUCUCUUUGUGUGGCUUUCCCCAUUCCCAAUGCAGGGCAGUCCUUUGUUUUGUACUUUUUUAUUCCAUUUGGUCACAUGCUUCUUGAUGCACACAUGCCAUCUUUCUUAAGGAAAACUUCAAGUAGAAGGUAAUUGCACUGAUUUCUGGGUUUUUUAAAUUCCCUUUUUACUGUAAGAUUUUUUUUGUUUUUGCAUCUGCUGUAGCUGUUUGAAAAUACUGUAAAUAGUGCUCUGCACAGCAAGUACAGAAAUGCUGGGGAUGCCAUUCCUAGUUCUGUUUUCCACAAUACUGCCAUGUUUUCCAGUGCUGAGGUGGGAGCUUUGGUGUUAAAUGCUGUUAUACUCUGUGUGCAUUAUGGUAUCAGUGCAAGAAGGGCACAGUUGCUGUGUCACAGUGGAGAUAUUUAGGGUUUGUGUGAAUUUAUAAAACAUUUCUUCCUUCUCUCCUCUGUUCACAUUUCUCCCAGACCACAGAGAUGCAGUUUUUCAGCUCUCACUGUGCUCAUUAUCUGUGCAAGGUUCAAAUGCCAAUUUUGGUACCAGUUUGAUGCCUGAUGGCAUUAAUGUAAUAUUUGAAUUAUCAGAUGUAGCUCUCAAGGUGUUCCUUGCUUGUGUGAUUCUUGUGUUGUAGAAGCAGAAUCCUUGGAUGUGGCAGAAUUAGUGGAAUGACAGGGAUUUGGGAUCCAGUUAUGAUGUCUUGCUGUCUGUGUGGGACUGGGCAGUGCAGAGGAUGUUUCAGUGCUCUGAGCUGCCCUUGGAUCUCAUCCAUCCAUCAGCAAUUGCCUUUUGCUUCCAGAACCCCCAGGGACAGGACAGAGCCCAGCUCCAGCCCCACUGGCUGAUGUUAGGGUGCAGACCAGCAGGUUCUGCCUUCUGUUUCUGAGGGCUGAUGACUGGAAAGAUGCAUUUCUGAGAGGGUUUAAUCCAGAUUGUAUGGGAAGGGGGUGCUGUGUGUGCUUGGUGUGGCACAGAGCCUGUUUAAUCCCAUUUAGUGUUUCAGUUGCUUUGUCAGAGCUGUUUCUUUGAAGUGUUAAUUUGAAUGUAAUUGCUUGGCCAAAUCACUACAAAAGUGGCUUUGGAGGAAUCUUUAGUUUCAAAGCAGGUGCAGUUCAAGGCUACCUCCUGUAUUUCUUCAUGGGAGAAUUAACUGAAGUGAAAUUCCCCCUAAGCAGCCAAAAUGCUCCCAGAGGGACUGGGCAGUGCCAUACUGUGAUCCUGGCUGGCUCCUCAGCCUUCCAGAGGCAUCCCUGUGUACUGAGAGGGUACCAGGCCUGGCAAGGGGCACAUCUGGCACAUCUGCUUCUGGUCAGGGUCACUCCAUAGCAGCAGCUCCCUCUGUGACCUGUCCCAGUUUCUAUACUGUUGUUUUCCAAAUGAAAAAUGUUUCUGUACUUAACCUGACACUUUCUGGCCAACAGGUAUUCUCUGCAAAUGACAUGAAGGUGCUUGAAAUAUAUUUUGAAUCUGAGGCAAAAAAUAUGUAUUGGAUUAUUUUUUAAUGUGUCUUUUAGGUAAGGUGAUGUUGACUGUAAGAAUGAAAAUACUUUAUUCCCUGCUCAGAAAAUUAUAAUCUUUAAAAUGUGGGGGAAAAAAACCAAACCAAAACACCAAAAACAACCCCAAACCUGAGUAUGUUCAUCUUGGGACUGUUUAGUGUCAGUUCUGUGCAAAAUCUUGGCCAAAACUCAACCUUGACAUCAGUGCACGUGGACUGAGGGUACUUUAGGUGACCUGAAAUGAAACUGUAGAAAACUGUGCUAAUGCAUCAGAUUUUGUUUACAAUUAUUCCAAAAGCUUCCUCAUUCCAGAACAAACCACUCUGCUGACAGAAAUAUCUGUUGGAGCACAGUGUGCUGUGUGGUUUCAUAGCAGUGUUAAAGUUGAUUUUUAUUUACAAGUUACUGAGCUUUCCGCUGUGGGUUUUGGCCUGUCAGAGUGAGUUUCUUGAGAUUCUGAUUUUCCUGCAAUUUCCUUCCCUUAAUCUCUGGCCUAGACACUAAUGGAGCUCAUCCAUGGCAGGAGGAUUGCUUUAUGGCCUGGCUUUGUGGAACCCAGAUUUUGAAGAGACUGAAUAAACCAUUUGGGUUUAUUCUGUAAAAUCCUGUCAGUUUGGUUCAGUUCUCAGUCAUGAUUUAACAAAGCCCCCCCAGGAGUGUGAAGUGCAGGGUCAGUGGCUGCUUUGGAGAAGAUGUUUCACUACAUUGUGCACUGCAGAUUGUGGACGCUAUUGCUGGCAGGGCUGGCACUGAGCAGAGAUGCUGAACAGCUCCUCUGUCACUGAUGGCAGCAGAGUUUUGUGUUUUCCACACAAGGCAGACCCAGGAUCAUCAGGAAGUUUGGGGAGUGUAGGAGCUCAGUGCUGCUCAUGCCCCAGAGAAGAGAAACCCUGGGUACCCUAAGCCUUGGGGAAAUGAGAGAGGAAGGAGGGGAGGCAUUUCCUUCAAAACUGCCAAUUUAAGCACUUGUAAGGUGACAGUUUAAUUCUUAGUUUUCCUUCUGGCUUGUCUGCAAGUGCCCCUGAGGAAUCCUGCACCCUGCACCCAUCUGCUGGCCCAUCCAGGAGGGGAAGGCUGCAGGGAGCUCCCUGAGUUGAUUUGGGAUUUUGGGGGGCUCUGACUUGGCUGGGGCUGGGCCAGGGGCGCUGCUGGAUCUGGAGGGAUGAGAGGUUGUGGGAGUUCAUUGUGGGAGUUCUGCAGGUGGCAGCCCUGCAAACCCACAGCACCAGCUGCAGGCUGGGACUGCUCCUUCCUCCCACCUAAAUAUCCCCAAAAAAAGCAAUUCCUUUGGAUUUGUCCAUGUGCUGCCUCAGCAGAUCCAUUGUAAACCUGCCUGGGGCUCCCUGAGGAGCCUUGGCUUGCAGGGCAGUUCUGUAUCAAGGGCAAUGAUCCUUUCCACAGGGCUCUCAGGAGUGCACAGGUUUUAGUUGUGUUUUUUUCCCACAUUUUGGAUGUGCUAUAGAACCACAGACUUUAACUUUGUUAUUUUUUUUCCUCCCUUUAAGCACAACUAAACCACUGCUCAUCAGCAGGAUUGCAGAUGCUGUCUGACCUGGGAGCAAGCCUAGGAGUUGCCCCCAAAAUACAAAUUUAAACUUUGGUCAUUUUAUAGGGUUUUUUUGGGUGUGCUUGGCACAGGUCAGUAGGCAAGCUUGGGAGUGUCUAACCCCUGGCUGGUGCUGGUUGUGUUUGCUUUGUUAGCUUAGAUUUCCUGUCAGAAAAAAAAAAAAUAAUGUGGACUCUUCUGUAUUUAUCAGCUUUUCCUGGUUUUAAAGCCAUUAAUAGAGGAAGCUUCAGUCAUGCUGGUUUUUGUGAAAUUGCACAUUUUUUGUGUACUUGACUCAAAGCAGAUCCUGUCUGGGCUCUAUGGGCACCCCAAAGCUUCAGCUGCUGGGGGUUGGGUCAGACCUCUCCUGUACCAACAUGACAUGCAGUGAAUUUUGUUUCUAGAUUUCACCAAAGUUCUGUAUCAACUGUGAGGUGCUCAAACAUCACUUUUAUAGCACUGCUUCUGUGCUAUUAAAAACCAAGGAUUUGACCCAAAGUCUGUCAUUCCUGAGAGAUUUUCUCAUGAAACUUUGACUGAGCCCUUCAAUUCUCAUCUCAUUUACAAAUGACAACUUCAUAAUUGCAUUUUAAAGAAAAUAAGAGGAAAAAAAAAAUCAAAAAACCAUCAAAAGCCAUUAAGGAGUAAGUUUUACAUUUAUCUUGGAAAAUCAAAUUUCCAAUGAGGUGCAAUGAGGAAUUACAUCUGGCAAAGUUCUGUGCCAUCCUGAAGAGUGUUACCACUUCCUUUCUGUAAUUUGUUGGUGAAGUUUAGAUUUUUUAGAUCUGUGUGUGUGCACACACAUGUGUGACAGGACAGGGACAGUGUAUAGGCUGUCUGUAAAAGAUACAAAGGCACUAUUUGACUGGAAAUAACAAGCACAAUUUCCCUGGAUUUUGCAGUAUUUUAUUGUACAAUCACAAAGAUUUCAGCAUUUAGGGCAGUUGAUAAGUAAAGAUCCAGCCCCAGAUUUCUGUGCAGUGGAGUGGUUGACUUGAUCCUGGGAGGGCAAGAUGGAAAACAGAAUGUAUUGAUUAAACCUUUUUUUUUUUGCUUUAAUUUUGGUAUAUUGCAAAAUUAACUGACUUUAUCUUUUAAGGUUUUAAUCUUUUAAUAGUUUCAAAAAUUCUUUUAAUAUUAUUUUUUAUAAAAUAACUGAAAAAAAAGAACCAAAAAUCAAUCCAGAAGCUUCCAUAUUGUAAAUGUUCCUUCCAAUCAAAAUGCUUUUGUGACCAUUUAAAGUUUGUGGGGUUUUUUUGUUUUUUUGAGGAGAAAAGAAAGCUAUGAUGUUAAGGUUGUUGCAGGUGGUACUAAAUGUGUGUUGAGUAGUGUUGUGUGUGUGUGUUGCAUCUCUGUGGAACUUGUGCUUGCAGUAUAGAAAUGAUUGGUGCUGGCUGGGUGGGAGUAGCACUUGUAAUGCAGAACCAGGCCCAGAAUUGCCCUCAGCUGAUGUGCAGGGCAUCCCUGGCACUGCAGGGUUGGCCAUGGAGUUGUGGCAUCACUUGGCAGUGCUGGGGGCUCACGGGGCUGGGAUUCACCCAUUGCUGCCCUGGGUGGGCACUUGUGUGAUGCUGUGUGGCCAGGCCACUUUAAACUAAGCCUUAACUCAAUGCUAAAUGUGUCAGAUUCCUCUCUCAGAGCAUGCAAAAAUACUGUUUAACUACAGGAGAGUUCCUGUAGAGCCCCAGUGUUAGCCAAGGCAGAAACAAGGGACACCUGUAGCUCCGUACUGUGAUGCCUCUUUGGGCGCUGGCUCUCGGCCAUUCCUCUGGCAGCUGGCCCCAAACAGGCUUUCCCAAAUCCCAGCUUUGUGUUGUCCUUGUUGUCAGACUUAUUCUCCUCCCUCCCCCUGCCAGCAAAUCUCUGCCUGAAGGAGGAUUGGGAUUUAACACUUCAAAUUUUACAGCCCAGAAAAAGCCAUUCUUGAAUUCCGUGCUUGCUUUCGGGUAGGUGCCAUUGCUUCCACUUCUUAUGACUGACAUAGGAUCCUUUAAACAUUUGAAAUAGAGGCAAAAAAACCCCAGUGUUGGGGACCCAGCUUGCUUUUAUUUUAUUUUUUUUUCCAAUUUGGAUCUACCUCAUGUAACCAGUUGGGUGCUAAUUACUCAAAUUGUCAAGGAGAUUUGGCAAAGGCGACCAAACCGAUCCCAUCCGUGGCCCAAACCCUUGGGUUUCUUGUUCUGAAACAAUCUUGGAUUUGAGUUCUAUUCUUUGUGCCUUUGUGGUUUUUUCUCCCCAGUGCACACAACAAUCAAAACUCAUCUUCCUGAUUAAAAACAGCAGAUGGUUUUUAACUGCGCCACGAAAAACUGAAUUUGGAAAUAUUUUUUGGUGUAGCAAGUUGUAAAAUCAAGUAUCACAGCUGACCUAGGCAAAGAGAAAUAGCCAAUAAAGGUUUUGGAAAUGUUUAA